CCGUGUUAUCUGACUGCUGGGUGGGAUGGUAGAGGUGAAGUGGGUCAGUUCAACACAGGGCAUGCGAAUCAGCUUCAGUGUGUCCUUCGACAUUACACGCUCAAGAUGCUGAAGGCGCUCGCCUCUCUGUUUCUGUUACUGGGAUCAUGUGUUACUCAUCCCGGACGCCCAAAACAAGAUGCAGCGACAUUCGCAGAUCUUGAACGCUACGUCAACGACGUCAUGAAGUGUCGCGACGUCAAAGGUCUUUCUCUUACGCUAGUUAAAAAGGACGGGAGUGUCUACACGAAGGGGUUUGGACUGAGGGACAUCACAACAAACGCGCCGUUGACGGAGACCACGCUGCUCAACAUCGGGUCGGAGUCGAAGGCGUUCACAGCCACCCUUGCCGCUGACGCCGUCGCUAGAAAACUGGUCACCUGGGACGAACCUCUCAAGAAUAUUUUCCCUGCUGGCUUCCGGCUCCAGGACCAGUUCCGGUCGGAGAGGGCUUCUCUACGGGAUCUCCUGUCUCACCGCCUCGGCAUGCCGUCCUACUGGGGCCUCAGCACCGCCGUCAUGAACCUCACCCUCGUGGACAUCGCCGAACGGCUGAAGGAUUUUCCUGUUCGAUACGAGUUCCGUCAGCGCUUCCUGUACAGCAAUUACCUGUUCGUGGUGGCGGGGGCGGCCUUGGAGAACGCUACGGGCGAGACCUGGGAGGACGGAGUGUAUAACCGCAUAUACAAACCACUAAAUAUGACCGGAAGUCGCGUGAGCACGACGUUGACGGCAGCUGAUUGGUCCAACACCGCCUACUCCUACACUGUCAUCAACUCCACGGCUGUGCAGAACCCAGAGAAAGCUUUAAUGCCGAUAGUGCGAGAGAUCAACCCUGCUGCCGGCGUGUACACUAACGCUGUGGACAUGACCAAGUGGAUGAAGUUCCACAUCAGCGGAGGCAAGGACAGCGCAGGGCGUCAGGUCAUAACGAAGUCUGUGCUGAAGGAGACUCACGACGCCUCUAUGACGAUGGGUCUUGGUGGCAUCCACCGCGACACAUUCCCAGUCGACAACCUCAGCUUCGACUACGGCCUUGGUUGGAUGAAGGGAAUUUACAAUGGGUACGUGAAGACAUUCCACACGGGGGAGUACAGUAGCUACAGUGCCACCCUCACCUUCCUCCCGGAUGUUGGGGUUGGGGUGUGGGUCGGCAUCACCGGCAGCAGGAACGGGGAGGGGGAAACCGUCCGCGACGUCAUCACCAUGUACGCCCUCGACGUUUUGCUGGGUGAGACUCCGUGGUUAAACUCCACCACAGGGUGCACCUACCCGGCCCCCUGGGACCCCCCGAAACAGCCCCGACCCAGGCGGAACGCUUACGAGGAUGCCACAGCGACGGACGACCCCGCCGACAUCAGCGAAUAUGUUGGCGACUAUAUUCAUCCAGCAUUUGGGACUUUUCGGGUGUUUCAAGAUGGCGGGCAACUCAAGUAUUCGUUCGGCGUCCUGCUGCGCGGUGACCUUAACCUUAAGUCAGGUGAUCAGUUCUACCAGACUCUGGAUUUCCCGCUCACUUUUCGAAUAGUCGGUUAUCCUGAAUACCCCAAAGGGUUUCCACUCUCGUUCUCCAGGGAUGACCAGGGAACCGUGUCAUCAAUUAGAAUCCCCUACCUGGAGUUCAAUAAACCGCCAGUCUUCAGUAGGUCAUCCAGUCAGUGAAGGAUGAUAGUGUAUGCGCACGCGCAUGCGUGUAGCAAUGUUUUGUUGUGCCUAAAACUAAAAACAAUGAAAAUCAUCCUUAAACCAUCAUUUGUUCACGAAUUUUGUAAAAUAAACA